AUAUCUCUGAACCAGAGACAAUAAACAAAAAAGGUAGUAAUAGUGAGCCAUGUUCAUGAAGCUCUUCACCAUUUUCUUCUACAGCCUACUUUCUCAAUCCCUAAAGUCCUCUUCCCAAACUCUCGACUUCACUUACAAUGGAUUCGUGUCCGAGUAUUAUUAUACUUUUAGAGAUAAUAAUAAUAUAUCCACCCAAGGAAUUGCCUCAGUCACAUCAAACGGUCUCUUGGUGCUAACCAAGUCAAAUGUCCAGGCUACUGGUCACGCCUUCUAUACGAAACCAAUCCGGUUCAAAGAUUCUCCAAACGGCACUGCUUUGUCCUUCUCCACAACCUUUGUCUUCGCUAUCAAUCCCCUGAUCUCGAUACUAAGCGGCCACGGCUUGGCCUUUGUCGUCGCUCCUAACUCCAGCCUCCUUUUCGGCAGUCCCAACCAGUACCUCGGUCUCUUCAACAACGCCAACAAUGGUAAUGGUUCUAAUCACGUAUUCGCUGUCGAAUUAGACACUAUUCGGAGUACGGAGUUCAAUGAUACGGACGACAACCAUGUCGGAAUCGAUAUCAAUAGCCUGAGGUCAGUGGAAAGUUCUCCGGCUGGGUACUGGGACGAGAAAGGUCAGUUUGUUAAUCUCACUUUGAUCAGUCGUAAGCGUAUGCAGGUUUGGGUCGAUUACGAUGGAUAUACCAACCGAAUCAAUGUGACGAUGGCUCCGUUCAGACAGGUUAAACCUAGAAAACCGCUUGUUUCUAUUGUCAGAGAUCUAACUUCGGUUCUUCUGCAAGAUAUGUACGUAGGUUUCUCCUCGUCGACUGGUAGUAUUAUGUCGGAACAUUAUGUUUUCGGGUGGAGUUUCAGGUUGAAGGGCGAAGCUCCGCCAUUGGCCUUAACGAAACUCCCGAAGUUUCCGUGGGUGGGGCCUACGAGAAUAUACAAAUUCUACAAGAACUGGAUGCCGUUGAUUUCCCUCUUGAUGAUUCCCGUGUUGAUUUCCCUCUUUCUGGGGCGCUUCAUUGUGAGGAGGAGGAGAAAGUUUGCAGAGGAGCUUGAAGAUUGGGAAAAAGAAUUUGGGAAAAACCGAAUAAGUUUCAAGGACUUGUACUAUGCCACCAAAGGGUUCAAGGAGAAGGACCUUCUUGGAUCGGGCGGGUUUGGUAAGGUUUACAAAGGUUUCAUGCAGACAACAAAAAGAGCGAUCGCUGUAAAAAGAGUCUCGAACGAAUCCCAACAAGGGUUGAAGGAGUUUGUUGCUGAGAUUGUGAGUAUUGGUCGUAUGAGUCACCGAAACUUAGUCCCUCUCUUGGGUUAUUGCCGCCGAAGAGACGAGCUUCUUCUGGUGUACGAUUACAUGUCCAAUGGAAGCUUAGACAUGUACUUGUACAAUAGUCCGGAGGUAACAAUUGACUGGAAACAGAGGGUUAAAGCCAUUAAAGGUGUGGCAUCUGCCUUAUUCUUCCUCCACGAGGAGUGGGAACAAGUGGUGAUUCACCGUGACGUCAAAGCCAGCAAUGUCUUGUUAGACUCUGAGCACAAUGGGAGACUGGGGGAUUUUGGUUUAGCUCGGCUGUGCGGUCACGGGUCAGAUCCUCAAACCACCCAUGUCGCUGGAACAUGGGGAUACCUAGCCCCUGAUUACAUCAGGGCAGGGCGGGCCACAACAGCUACUGAUGUUUUUGCCUUCGGGGUGCUCCUACUAGAAGUAGCAUGCGGUAGACGUCCUAUCGACCAGAAUAAGAAUGAUGAGAGGGUCUUGCUUGUGGAUUGGGUUUUUGGGUUUUGGACAGAGGAAAACAUCUUGGAUGCUAAGGAUCCAAAACUAGGGUCCGAGUAUGACCAAAGAGAGGUCGAAAUGGUUUUGAAGCUAGGUUUGUUAUGCGCUCACUCCAAUCCACAAGUUAGACCAACAAUGAGACAAGUGUUACAUUAUCUAAAAGGAGAUGCAAUGUUACCAGAAUUUUCGCCGUCUGACUUUUGUGGGGGUGGGAUGACGUUGGGAAUCAACCACGGACUUGGUGAGUUAGCUACGUUUAUCGGUGGAACUUCCAUUGCUGAUUCUAUACUCUCCGGUGGGAGGUGAUAUUUGAAUAUCAUAACAUUUGUAUGUCAUUACAUUUACACAAUAUAUAUAACUAGAAGAGGGCUAGUUUUAAGAAUAUCAGUCAUUACUUAUAAAAUAAUCACUUUUGUGUUAAGGAACAUCCUACUGUGCGCCUGAAACAGAUGUAUACAUGCACUUAUGUUCACAAGUA